UUUCAAUGCGUAGUCUGAUACGAGCUUUAAGCCCGUAAGUGCGAGUGAGACAAUAGGACACUGCGCUGAUUGGACAACAUUUUCAGUUGUCACAUUUAUACUAAUUUAUACAUCUAACGAGGGACACCAUUUCUGCCCUUGAGUGUACACGGUUUUUGCUCAUGUACAUUAUUUGUUAUCAUCUUCACUACGGUCGCUUGCGUCUCACUUGCUCGGUCUUUGCAUUUCUGUGUGGUUUAUUUAUAUCUAUUGCGUCUAGCAACUAAAUAACAGUGAGAUUUCUCAAAAAACAUUUUGUCCUGUAAGAAAAAGGAAGUUCGAAAAAGCGUUAACAACGUUGCGACAAAACUAAAAAGAAUUUGUGACUAUAAUUAACUGUGUGCGAGUAGAUUUGCUUAUAAUAUUUAUAUUAUAAGCAAUUUUCUCUACUAAAUUUAAUUAAAUUCAUUAUUUAAGGAAAAAUUAUUAUCAAAUAUAAAGAUAUUGAAGUAAGCAUUUUGAAAUUUAAAUUUAUUAUACUGCAUCAUUAAUAUGGCUGAUGACAAAAAAAUUAUCUCUUCAGCGGAUAUAUUUGAAAAUAGCAAUCAUCAUUGCCGAGCAAAAGUACUAAAAAAAUUCUGCUAUACUUGGAGUAUUGCUAAUUUUUGGGAAAUUUAUGAAUAUACUACUGAAUUAUAUUCUAGCAAUGUCAAAGAUUAUUUUACAUUUUAUAUGUCUAAUACAAAGAAUAGUUUGAAAUUUUAUGUUAUUAUAGAUAAAAAUAAAUCAAAACUUACAGGUUCUUAUUCUGUUUUUUUGAAGACUAAUGAAACAGACAUUAUGUGUACAUCAAAAUCGGUACAUGAAUUGUAUAAUGAGGAACUAUUAUAUGAACUACCCAUUUCCAAAUGGAAUCCGACAUAUUUAUCAAAUGGGACAUUUACAAUAUGCUUCAAAUUUCAUAUAUUUCAAAACUUAUUGAACAGUAGUAUAUACCAUACAUAUUAUCCAUUUUCGGGAGAGUUUUUCUUUGAUAUAAAUGAGAACUUUCUCUUUGGUAAACGUAGUCAGGACAAAGAAAUGUAUUCCUUAAAUAUAUAUGAUAUAAAAAAUCUUAAAUCAGUCUGUGAACAAUAUUUAAUUAUAAAUACAACAAUAAAGAAUGUUAUAGAACACUUCAAGAUUGCGCAUUUAAAUUGUGGAAAAGCUUUGGAAAAAUAUGCUAUAGAAUUUAUGAAAUUAUAUUUUGAAGAUAUCAACAAUAUCGCAGCUUUUAAAACUUUAGUGCUAAAAUAUACCGAAUUAUUAAAUCAAAUAAAAGAUGUUAAAACACUGAAAAUAAGCAGCGCAAAAUCAUAUAAAUAA